AUGAUCAAGGUUAGAGCAAGGCCUAGGUGUUCUGUGUUCCAAAGUAGACGUACGAUUGUACUGCCUACAGUGCUGAACUUAAUAUUUGGUCGUGAAUCUCAGCUGGCAGAUGCAAUGGCCAAAGGAGUACUGCAUAAUAAACAUGAAGAUCGCGCUGCAAGGCUAAAAGAAGAGCAGGAGAACUAUUCAAAGGCUUACAGGAAUUCCAGGCCUAUGGAACCACGUUAUCCUUUACAUAUGCCAUUAUGGCCUCAUGAAAAGUUGGCGUUAUUUUUGGUUGCUUUGUUCAGGACGAAGACCGACCCCCAGAAUGCUACAAAUGUUGUGCACAUAGGAGAAUUAACUGCUUUUACAAGCUUCUUGGAAAAUUUGAAGCAGACUAUGUUGUCAACCAAGGACGGUAGACGGAUAUUAAGAGAUAGGCCUAACAUUUCAGAGAAAGACCUAAAUAUGGAGAAACUUGCAGCCUAUCCAGAAAACUCAUUUGGUCGAACAUUCUACAACUGGCUCAAGAAGGAGAAUAUUACAGUGGACACUAGAAUGCCCGUACAAUACAUUGAUGAUCCAACACACGCUUACAUUUUUCAGCGUUAUAGACAAUGCCACGAUUUCUAUCAUGUAGUCGCCAACAUGCCCAUUUUGAUGGAGGGAGAAGUGGUGAUAAAAACGCUCGAGGCAUUUAACAUUGGAGUUCCUAUGGCUUAUAUGGCAAUGUGUUUCCCAUUCAUAGGCAUGAAGAGUACGGAGAGAACAAGACUUGUUAAUUCGUACAUGCCGUGGGCCAUUGAAACUGCACUCACCUCGAAGCCCUUAAUCAGCGUAUACUGGGAGGAGUAUCUUGACAAAGACAUUAAGGAACUAAGGGAUUAUCUUGGUAUUCAUCCUCUUCCAGAUUUAAGAGCAGCUAAAAAGGAGCAUAACCGAAAAGUGAAGAACUUGAAACUCAAAUACGAAAACUUGCAGAAAAAACACGCUGCCUAG